AUGGAGCCAUACGCCAUUAGCAAUAAUAGUCAUUUCUAUAUCGCGAAUAAAAAAAUGAUUGUUCAGGAUUUUAUCAGAGAAAGUUGGGAUAAAGAUUUGGGUGUACUCAAUAAAUAUCCACACGGGGAGAAAGUAAAAAAUUUGCAGGAUAAUCUUGCAAAAAAACGACCAAAGGAAGAUGGAUCGUUCAUCAACGAAAGAUGGGAGCAAGGACGUUGGAAAUUAAAAAUUGAAUCACACAAUAUCUUACUCACCAAUGAAAAAACCGAUCCGAAAGGUCGCGACGUAUACAUGCAUCAAGCUAAAGAUCAUGACGUACACAUGCACGAUGAUAAAGAUAUAAAGAAGGCAAGGAAGAAGAGAGACGUGGGAAGAGAAAAGGAAGGUUCACAUAAUGGCAAGGCCGAUGCGACAAAAUAUAUUUCUGAAGUUAAAGUUUUGGAGAAUGAAGAUUUGUUGAUGACCACAAUUAUUGGCGUGCUUAUUUGGACUGUCAAAUGCGUCAAGGCUGCCGGUGAUUCAAAGGAUAAUGUCGAUGAGGAUUCAGAGGAGUCGAAAAUCGAUGAUGAGAUUAAGAAUGAAAUACGCUUGCGUUACUUUUGGACUUGGUAUGAUGAAGAGAACGUGGAAUGGGAUUCUCAUCUACGCUUACCCCCAGCAGACUUCGAAUUAUAUUUACCUUCACCAGAUUUCGAUUUUAUAAUUCAAAAUCAAGACACUUAUGCUGUUGGUUCUGAAAAGAAAUCACCUUUCUUUAAAGAAUUGAUUGCUGAUUAUUCCACGGACAGAUUCAAGUUAGACCUUUACGGAAAUCGCUUGCUAGAAAUGUUAGUUGAUAACAAUGAAAACGAUCUGAUUGAGGAAUUAAUCGAAUCCAUCAAGGAAAUGACUAUUGAUAAUCAUACGAAACAUUUUGUUUCAAAUAUUAGGUUACUCAAUAUAAUUGCUUGCAACUUCGUUAAGCUGUCAAAUCAGUACCCAAAUAUUUCCAACCGCAUUUUAUCUCUGGUAGCCUUUUUUGCACCCGGCGAUCAAACAUCACCCGGAGUCGUCAACCACUAUUCGACUUCAAGACAUCAUCAGCACCUUGAUGCAUUUCCCGAAAUCUCUUCUAUUAAUCUUUUAACCCCAGUUAAACGUUUCUUCAAUUAUUUAUCACGUCCCAAGAAAUUUUUCAUCGAAGGAUUUUCCCAGGAAGAAGGAAAAUUAACUAUCAAGUUAACUUUUCCACUGCCUAAUUUCGUUAGCUAUCCUUCUGAAUACAAUACCUAUUCAGAAUUAAUCUCCCCGCAACAUAGUCCCUUCACCGACUAUGACAAGACUCAGCUUUAUAAAUGGUGGAAUGUUGAUAACUAUUCUUUAACCACACCAAGCAAUUCGAGCGACCCAAAUAAUCCAUGGAACCUGGCAACAAAGCUAUAUUCUGUUUCAGAUGGUACUAUUAAUGAAACCUCGUCCCUGGUCGAGCUUCCCAGUGAGAGCACAAACAUGUUUUCCAUGCUCGAUACUUCAAUACUGGCCGUCUAUUUAAUGCUGACGGGGGAUUCCAGUCCCAUAUCAUCCUCGUCACUGACCGAAAAUAUCACAUUAGUUAUUAUAAUCGUGACUUUCUCGUUUUUCACCACCAUUUAUUUAAUGAACUUGUUUAUCGGUUUGCUCAGCAAUGCAAUUGGUGAAACUAGCAACUAUGAAUCUUUUCUACUAUUGAAGGCUGAUGUUUUGGCGGAAAUCGAGCUAUUCUAUAUGCUACCUCGUCAAAGGAGAAAACACGACUGGUUUCCGGAAUUUUUUUUCUAUGAGGCUGAAGUAAGCAAGCUGAAGGAUAUCAUCAUUUCUAUGCAAAACCAUACUUACGAAGGUUUGAAUCCUCCAUACAUUCCCAAAAGAUUAUUUGAUUUGAUUCAUGUGCAUACGAAAAAUGAAUUUGGUGGCAAUGAUUUUGAGAAACUGAUGCAGAAGAUAGAGAACAUUGAAAAGAAAAUUGAGUCUAUAGAAAAAGAAUAA